AUGCUGCAUUUAACAGCAUUCUAUGGCAGGUGGUCAGAGAGGCCCUACGGAAAAGAGGGUUACCGGGAUAUCUUCAAAAAGUCAUCUAGUCGUUCCUUAGUGGGGUCGGUAUUGGGCCCACUCCUGUGCAACCUGAGCUUUGACGAAUUGCUCCGGGUGGAGACCGAGAAGGGGUGCACUAUCGUUAGCUACACUGACGAUACGCUGGUGCUAAGCUCAGCAAAGGACCCGACCAUGGCGGUGGCACUCGCAAAUAUACAAGUAGCAACAGUGGGGGCAAUCGGGACGUUGCCGGACCUGAGGAUUAGCGGGGUGCUGGUGGUGCUGGGGGCCUUAAUGAAAUACCUCGGGGUCCUGUUGGACCCAUGGCUCAGCUUUACACCACACCCAACGUAUGUGGAGGAAAAGGUUGCUAGGGUCUCCAGAGCCCUCUUCAGGCUCCUACCGAAUGUUGAGGGACCGUCAGAACAGAGGAGGCAGCUCUACGCGGAGGUGCUCUAUUCAGUCAUACUGUACGCGGCUCCCGCGAGGAGCGACGCGAUGUCCGCCUUCCAGGGUGCACAGCGGGCGCGGCUGGAGGACGCCGAACUCGCCAGCGCGCGGCUUAGGGGGGUGAUACUCCCCAACUGGGAAGAGUGGAUGGAUAGGAGGUACAGGGGAUUGUCAUUCCGGCUGACCCAGAUCCUCACAGGCCACGGCUGGAUACACGAUGGAGGUGUGCCGGGCCUAGGAGAUGAAACGGAGAACGGGGAGGACCUCACCCUGCGCGGCCUGGUACGUGCAAUGGUCGAGUCAGGAGAGAAGUGGACGGCCGCGGCCCGCUUCGCAGAGCGGGUCAUGGUGGCCAAAGAGAGCGUGGCGCGCAAAAGGCAGCACGCUGGUAGACGGAUCGCAGCAGGGCCCGAAAGCGAUACACCCACCGAGGGCGGGUAA